AUGGCACCAAGGAAAAACCCCCCGCUCGCAACGUCUAAGGAGCCAGAAGCACAAGUCGAACCACGAACGCGGAGCCCGACGGAGGAGGAUAUCGAUUCGAAUCAGAGGAUCGCUGACUUAGAGGAACAAGUGCAGGAGUUAGAUGCGGAGCUGCAAAACUACAAUGCGCGAGUUCGGGAACAGGAGCGGAUGAUCAACAGUCUCAAGGAAACAAUCGAUGCGAAAGAUCGCACGAUCAUCCAGCAAGCGCAACAAAUCGCAAACUGUAGUAGACCAACUACAAUACUACCAUCUGUAGAGGGUCCGCAGAUACGUGGCAGUACGGACGGGAAUAGGAAAGGAGCUGACGUCGUCAUUUUGAAAAAUGGCAUAGACCCUACUGUUACCAAUUGGAUUAUGCUGAUCAGGGAUAAAUUCCAGGACGAGCCGAUGAACUAUCCCGAUGAACAGAGUCAAAUUCGGUACUGCAGGAAAAG